AUGAUCGUGGUUUCCCAUGGAGCUGAAAGGCAGGGAAGUGCCUUUAAAAAGUCCACCUUGUCAGUUGAACCAGUUCACAAGAUGGAUCGCCAACAGUAUCGAAGUCUGUUAAAGAAGAUGUGCAUGUCUGUUGUGAGAGGUCCUGAGAACAGACAUGGCUUUGCCAGCUUUGAAGAGAAAAAUAGUUCUUUCCUUAAAUUCAAUCCAUUCACCCCCCCAAUAGGGCUGAAUUACCCUUUAUUCCCACACUGGGAUGAUGCGCAUUUAGUGGAUCCCUGCUCAGGUUUUGUGAGUCCAGGAGCAGAUGCUGGCCUGCAUCCCAAUGUUGGAAGAGCUAUUGAAUCCCUGGUGGAUUACAGUGAUGUGAAACCUCACCAGCGGAUCCCCACCACAGGAAGGAGAGGCCAGACUGCACAUAGGAGGCAGAUGAUCCUCCUGGAGGAGACCAGCCAGAACAGAAGGUGGAAGUCCAGGGCUGUGUCCACUGCCUCUGUCAGGGCACGACUCAAAGGUUGGAGAACUCCAGUGACAGUCACUCCUGCUGUACCUGACCAAAACCAUAUCUUUGCAUUUUGUAUGGAUCACAAUCUCAAGGAAUCAAGUGACCUUUCUGCAAGGUGGAGAGAAGAAAAAGCAAGGGACUGUUUCUACAAGUCAAAUACUCAAAAAGCUUAUGAAGAAUUUCCUUGGGAUAAUAUAUUACCUUCCAAAAUCCAGCCUCCAGAAUCAACAGCGGAAGUGUUGGCUGAUCCUGUUUCCCAAUGUUUCACAAAAAGGAGAUACAAUCCUGAACCUGAAAUAAGUCAAGUUGUUGGAGGCCUUUGGGACAGAUUUCAAAGAAGAUCUUUUACCUCUCCACGGAGACCUGUUGAUUUUGUAAGCCAAAGCUCUCGAACGUGUCAUAUCCCUUUGUAUACUGGCUGUGUUGGUGCAGUAAAUAUUGAAGACAUUGACAAUGCCGAUGUAGACUUUAUCCCACUUAACCAUGUGUGAACUCGCUACACAAGCAUUGCACACACUCCAGAUAUCCCUGGAUACACUGGCAAGGUUCAUUGGUCAGCAACCCACCCGGCAAAUUCUAAUCUUCCAUCAACAACCCCAUCAAUAAUUGCAUGAAUGCAUGGAUGCACAGCAAAACACGGAAGCUCAUCUCAGUAUAAUCACCAGGGUCCUUUUUCUCAAACGGUGACUCCAGUUAGUCCUCAGAAAUCUUUCAACAAGAGAGAACAAGAAACUAUUACAGUUUAG